CGCGCGCACGCCACGCCAAACGAAUUCGCGCCAUUACUAACAAUGUGAAUAAGUUUUAUUUUCAAAAAUAGUACUUAAAAAUAUACAAAAAUGCGUGCGGUAUUGUUUGUGUGUGCCCUUGUGUAUGCUGUCGCAGGACAAGAUGUUUCUGAUAUGGUGAACAUGCCUAAAUACGAUUCAAGAUAUGAUUAUUUGGACGUAGAUGCGGUGUUUACUAACAAAAGAUUAGUUAGGAACUAUGUGGAUUGUUUGAUCAAUGCUGUCCGGUGCACGCCUGAGGGAAAAGCGUUGAAAAGAAUACUUCCAGAAGCAUUAAGAACGAAAUGCGUCCGCUGCACAGAGCGUCAGAAGAGAACUGCAGUCAAGGUGAUCAAACGGCUGAAGAAUGAGUACCCGGACGAGUGGGCCAAGCUCGCCUCCCGGUGGGACCCCACUGGGGACUUCACCAGAUACUUCGAGGAGUUCCUCGCAAAGGAACAGUUUAAUACCAUCCCUGGAUCAGCUGGCAUAGGCAGCGAGAUCCCCACAUCAUCACCGCUGGCGCCCCCUCGAGCCCCCACGGUAGCUCCCACAGUUGCCACUCCGACUCCCGCAGCCACUGAACCGACACCACCAAGACCUGUUGUACUCAACCGGUUUGGAGACGAAGGCGAGCUGAUGAUGGGCAGUCCGUCGUCAGCGGGCAUCACGCCACGGCCGAUGACGCAGGCCACCACCAGACCUACCACUACCAUGAGACCUGUUAACACGAGGCCCGUGCCGCCUAGACCAACAAUGAUGACUUGGGCGGGCGCGGCUUCCAACACCCAACCGACGCGUUUUCCAUUACGACCUUCGCCGUCCGACGUCCCGCCUCCAUACUCCACAGCCAUCACUCUCAUCGACCAAAUCGGAUACAAAAUAAUAAAAACAACAGAACUCGUUACCGAUUUACUAAGGAACACAGUACGAGCGGUCGUCGGACGGUAGACCAGUGGAAAACUACAUUUUUACUUCAUAAAUUUUAAGGCUGUAGCUGCCAGUGACAUAGUCAUUUGUUUCGAAAAUCAAAUUUUAAAAAAGAACGAAGAUUUUACAUGUGUGAAUUUAUAUAAAAGGCUGUAUAUUGUUAUUUAAAGAUUUGAAUAUAAAUCCCAGUGAUUAAAAUGAAUGACUGGCGACAUCUAAUGCAGGAAGUCGGUGCACAAUUAAUGUUAAUGUUACAAGUUUUGCAUAAUAGGGAUCUUAAAUGGCCUAUUUGUAAAGACUAAAAAACUGUGUUUGUGUGUCUUUUUAGAAUUACUUUUGAGGUCAAAAGAUUUUUUCUUCAGAAAAUUCAACGCAACAAAUAAAAUCAGGACGAAUAGAUCACUGUUUUAUUACAUUUUAUUAGUGUGUGUCACUAUUCUUUCAAAACUGCAUUAUUUGUGUCGUCUGAAAAUAGUUAUUUUUUUGUACCUAUAUAGGUUUCAAUGGGGAAAUAUGAGUAUUCUAAUAUGUAGUGAUAUGGCCUUCUAAAAUAAACACGUAAUUGGCUGUUAAAAAUCUUAAUAGAUCGCGAUACGAUCUAAACUUCGCAGUGGAAUUUGACCGCCGACCUUUGGGCAUAACAAAAUAUUAAAAAGUUUACAACUUUUUACUAUAAAAAACAGCUUUUUUACUGUGAGAUUAUAAUAAAUAGGAAUUCUACGUAAGCAAAACGUAUGUAGGUAGGCUCUAAGUUAGACUGCCUACGACAAUUCUGUCAUUAAUUUUAAGUGUUAAAUUAUUUAUAUUAGGUCGAUAGGUUUAAGUAAUUAAGCUAAUUACAUAUUGUGACUAUGCAUUAAGCUUUUAUACUGUAGGUCCUAGUGUGGCUUAAUAAAUGCUUUUUAUUUAUAA